CGGCUGUUUGGUAGAAAGUUUUGUUCUCGACCUUCCAAUUGUGCCUCCUUGGCGAAGCAAUUGCGUCAAUCCCUUGCACGCUACUGUUAUAACUACAAAAAUCUAGAUCGGAGAGAAGGCUAAAUCGUCUUAACUGAUCGACGGUGAGAUGGCUAACGGACCCGAUGAGGACGCCGAUGCUGUCCUCAGCGAUGUCGAGUCCGAUGAACCAGCGCCUGUUGUUUUAAAGGAUUCGCCUCGGGAAGAAGCAUCUGAGGAGAGGAUAACGGAGCUAAUCGCUGAGCUAGAUCGAGAGAAGAAAGCUCGUGAAGCGGCUGAGAGUUCGAAAUCGGAGCUUCAGGUUUCCUUCAAUCGGUUAAAAUCUCUUGCUCACGAGGCAAUCAAGAAGCGCGACGAGUCUAAGAGGGAAAGAGAUGAAGCAUUGAAGGAGAAGGAGAAUUUAACAAAGGAGCUUGAGAAUGUUAAUAAAGGUAAGGUUGAUUUGAUUAAGCAGCAGGAUGAGAUGUCGAAGAAACUUGAUGAUGCUGUGAGAUCUAGAGAUGGUUUAAAAGCAGAGAUUGAGAAUUCCUCGCAUAUGUUGGUUUCUGGGAUUGAGAAGAUAUCUGGUAAAGUUAGCAGCUUUAAGAAUUUUUCAAGUGGAGGUCUUCCUAAGUCUCAGAAAUACACAGGCCUGGCUUCUGUAGCUUAUGGAGUUAUUAAGCGUACUAAUGAAAUUGUGGAAGAGCUUGUUAGGCAGAUUGAUACGACUGCCAAGUCCAGAAAUGAAGCUAGAGAGCAGAUGGACCAACGGAAUUACGAGAUAGCCAUUGAGGUUUCUCAGCUGGAAUCUGCGAUCAGUAAUUUAAGAUUAGAGGUUGCAGAGAAGGCUUCGAUUGUUGAUGAUUUAGAGAGGGGUGUGAGUGAGAAAGAGAAGAGGAUUGCUGAACUUGAGAAAGGUAAUUUAGAGAAGGUUAGUGUGCUGGAAGGUGAGGUUGUGGAGCUGAAACAGUUAGUUGAUGAGUAUAAUGGGAAGUUGAAGACUAUGGAACUGAAGAUGGUUGCUCAGCGUCCCUUGUUGAUGGAUCAGCUGAAUCUUGUGUCAAAGAUUCAUGACCAGCUUUACGAGGUUGUAAGGAUAGUUGACGGAAAUAGUUCAGAACUGUCAGAUUUGUCUGAAUCUUUCUUUAUGCCUCAAGAGACAGAGAUGGAGGAGAACAUUCGAGCUUCAUUAGCAGGUAUGGAAUCCAUCUUUGAACUGACCAAGGUGGUUUCUGGGAAAACACAGAGUUUGGUGGAAGAGAAGAGCCAUGAACUGAAGAAUUUGAAUGAAACUGUGGGUCUAUUAGUUAAAGAGAAGGAACAUAUUGGUACUUUACUGAGGAGCGCUUUGUCCAAAAGGAUGAUAGGAGAGCAGCCAUCCCAAAAACGAGAGUUAUUUCAAGCUGCAGAGAAUGGUUUGAGGGAUGCUGGUACUGAUUCCAAAUUUGCUAAACUCUUAAAGGAUGGGAAGGUUCAGGACUCUCGUAGUGAUAAUACUAAUGACCAUAGUACGGAAGACAACGAAAUAUACUCCCUGGCCAGCACAUUGGAGAAUAUUGUCAAGGCAUCUCAGCUCGAGAUCGUCGAACUGCAGCACUUGGAAGAGACCAGUUCUCUUAGAAAACAAUUGGACACUCAGACAAAGGAGCUUAACCAGAGAAUGCGCCAAAUAGAAGAACUUAAAGAAAAGGAGAGGAUAGCAAACGAAAACGUUGAAGGGCUUAUGACUGACAUUGCUGCUGCUGAAGAAGAAAUAACAAGAUGGAAAGUAGCAGCCGAGCAGGAGGCUGCUGCUGGUGGAGCUGUUGAACAAGACUUCACGUCACAGCUAUAUGUGCUAAAAGAAGAACUUGAAGAGGCAAAGCAAGCAAUAAUAGAAUCAGAAAAGAAACUAAAGUUUAAGGAAGAGACGGCUGCUGCAGCCAUGGGUGCAAGGGAUGCAGCAGAGAGAUCUCUGAGACUCGCAGACAAUAGGGCGACUAAGUUGAGGGAAAGAAUCCAAGAGCUAAACCGUAAAGUUGAAGAAUUAGAAACCCAUCGGGAUAUGAAUACUUCAAACAGAGCUAGAUAUGCGUGUUGGCCAUGGCAACUUCUCGGGAUUGAUUUUGUGGGAGGUCGAAGAAUUGAGUCAGGACAAGAAAGUGCGAACGAGAUGGAACUCGCUGAACCUCUACUAUGAGAAAACCGGUACUGAUACCAAUACCAUACUCUCUGUAUUUGUAUUUGAUUUUUGUGUAUAUACCACCUGAAAAAAAGUCUUUCAAAGCUUUAACAUGUUUUCAUGUUGUAAUGUUUGAGUAAAAGAAGUUUAAUUUG